AUGGUUGAUUUUAUUCCAUUGCGUAGAUCAUCCCCCAAGCCACCCUGGGGAAACGCACACCUGAGACGUUUGAAACGACUGAGAUCGAAGGCACUUCGAGACUAUUGCCAGUCCCGCUGUGUAUUCACCAAGCAUUGUUUCGCAUGGGCUAGUAACAGUUAUCGAACGUUCAACCGCUAUUUAUACAAACGCUACUGCAUAAGAACUCAAGAAGAUUUACGUAGACAUCCCCGAAAUUUUUGGAAAUUCGUGAAUUCAAAACGGAAGGAUAACAAUGGACUACCCGCGGAGUUUCUGGGCAGUGAAGUAGCCAAUUACACCGCUACAAAAUGUAACCUUUUCGCAACUCACUUCAGAAGUGCGUUCAAUGAUUCGACUUUGUCGGGAUGCCGUAUUAUAGACGCUUGUAGAGAUACACCUAGAGAUGUGUGUCAUCUGAGAAACCUCGCGGUCUCACCGGACCAAGUGAAAUUCGCCAUAAACAAAUUGAAGUGUUCAAUGUCUAGUCCCGAUGGCAUUCCCUCCUUCAUCCUUAAAAAAUGUGGCGAGGAGUUGAUUCGUCCACUCACUACACUCUUCAAUCUCUCAUUAAGACAACGUUGCUUUCCCACCUGUUGGAAGACGUCAAUCAUGUUUCCUGUGUUCAAAAAAGGUGAUCGACAGAACAUCGAAAACUACAGAGGCAUAACUUCGCUUUGUGCGUGUUCCAAAGUUUUCGAAAUUUUAUUGAAUGACUUGCUUUUUGACUCUUGCAAGAACUACAUUGCCACCGAUCAACAUGGAUUCUACCCCAAAAGAUCGACUACCACGAACCUGGCUCAGUUCGCCUCGUUUUGCAUAAGCAACAUUGAUGCUGGUGCUCAAGUCGACACCGUCUACACAGACUUGAAAACAGCAUUUGAUAGAGUUGACCACGGAAUACUACUGGAACGAUUAGGACGAAUCGGUGUCUCAGCGGAUCUUGUCAGCUGGUUCGAAUCAUACCUAACGAAUCGUAUGUUCACCGUUAACAUUGGAUCGGACAACAACAGCUACAACAGCUGCUGGAUCGUUUCACCGAAAGGUGUACACGGAACAUGCUAA